AAUAAGUUUGGCGUCAUCACGACGUGGUGAGGGCAACACUGACGCGAGUGAAGCUAGCCGGCGCCAUAUUGACUGCUGGCAGCCGCCCAGCCGCUGCUGAUUCAGCUUUCAAGCUUUGAACAACAGUGAAACGUAACACCGAGAUAUGACUGUGAGAGCACAGUGACCAGUAUUACUGUAGGAUGUUGGCAAGUUCUCGGAUUCUGACUUGGUCUUGCCCCAAAAGAUCAUUACAGCUGUUAAGAGACUCUCAUCUCUGUGGUUUUUCCGAGAUCACAUGUGCUGGAUGGCAGGGAGCAAGUCACGAGAAAGGAAGGAGACACUCAGAAAUAAGUGGAACAGGCACCCACAAGGAUGGACCAUCCACAGAGACUGUUUAUAGUUCAGCACCAGUAUAUUUUUGUAGCUUCAAUUAUAAGCUGAGACAGACACGGUUUGAAAACCCUCUAUUCAAAGCCAUUUUAUUAAACCACCACCAUUCUGCCUCUACAAAAACCAAACAAGUGUGUGAUCCUGUGCGCACUUACUGGAACUGUUUAGUCAAAAUAACCUGCCUUCAGCGCUGGAGAAAACCUUGGGACUUUCACCUGCCUUCUUUUAGCCGCACCAGUAAGAUUCAGUGUAGCCUUCUUCAAAGCCAUUUAACUCAUGGACAGGACUUCGUUAGACCUCUCAGCUUGUCAGCACAUAGUCCCUGGACUUUAGAAAACAAGCACAAUAAACCACAACUCCCUAGCCUCAGUUUCCACAAAACCAUAGCUACUCAUCAGGCUGCCACGUGCAUGUCAGAUACCUGGAGAGAUUGCUUAUCCCCCGGGAAUGAAAACAGAUGUCGACAGCACUUGGGCCCUAACUUGAAGCUCUACGAGUUGCAGAAGGGGAGGAAAGAACGAAAUCAGAGAUGGGCAUCCGUCCUGGUCUCCCUCUGCUCUCUUGAUGGGGAGCCUGCAUUUCUCUUCACCCUGCGGUCCAGCACUCUGAAGGGCAGGCACAAAGGAGAUGUCAGCUUUGCUGGAGGAAAGAGCGAUCCUUCAGACAGCGAUGUGGUGGCCACAGC